AUGCUUCUGUCUCAUCGUUUAUGGUCACUGUAUGCAUGUGCAUUGGUUUUAGGGGUGGUGCUUACACCGCAGGUGCUUGUUGCUGCACUCCCAAUGAAGCAGCGUGAAACAGUCAACGAGGAGUUAAAUGGUUUGACAGGAGCCUCGUUGACCAGUUAUUUUUCGGAUAAAUUGAAUGUUCUAAAAGGUGAAUAUGGCUCCAAAGGGGAUGAGGUUUUGUUGUCUACGUAUUACGACACGUUCCAAGGAUAUUUAGAUUGGGUGAAGAGCCAGUAUGUUGCCGUUGAUGUUUGCGGGUGCCCUGUGGAAGGCAGUGAGAAGACGUUGAGUAGCAAGUUGACCGAAAAUGUUCCGGUUCGUGAUGACAUUCACUCCCACAAUGACUACACUAGGGUGCUUCCUUUAUACACUGCACUCAGCCAUGGGGUUAAUAGUGUAGAGGCUGACAUAUGGACAGUGGAUAAUGGUCAGAGACUUGCAGUUGGGCAUUUGAAGUCUGAUAUCACCCCUCGGACACCUGACUUGAACCAGCUCUAUCUUGAUCCUAUUAAGGAUAUAUUAGGUCAAUUGAACGAUGGUCUUGGUGAGGGCACAUGGCUGGGGGUUUUCCAUGAAGAUUCUUCGAAGCCUUUGCAGUUGUUGCUUGAUUUUAAAUCCGCGGAUAGCGUCGAGCAAUACCACUUAUUGAUGAAUACAUAUCUAAAACCACUCAUUGAUAAGGGUUAUCUAGGAUACUAUGACUUUGCCACUAGUAAGGUUGUGACUGGGCCAGUAAUGGUUGUGCUCACUGGAAAUUUCCCCACUUCGCCUGAGGAACUAGACGGCGGAUCGCAGGAUGGUUACUUUAAUGAUAAAAGGAGAUAUGUAUUCCCUGAUGUGCCCUUAGUUGAUUUAGAGUCUGCAAUUGAAAAAUAUGGACCAGUUAUUCUUGCCUCAGAUUCUCUUUUCAAUUUGUUAAGCCACUGUGGUUCUGCAAUGCCAUUUCACUAUUUCUUAACAAACUUAACCAACUCUGAAGAAACUUGCAUCAGGCAAUUAACUGACAAGUGUCGGGAGCUUGGGGUUAGAUCCAGAAUAUGGGGACAAACAGAAACCAAAGCGACUCUAAGGGAUUAUUUGUUAAAGGAGGAAAUUUUACAGCUUGGGGUCGAUUAUCAUAACGUCGACGAUAUUCCUCACACUAUCGAGGUAAUCAACCUUUAUAAGCAAAAGUAA